AUGAUAUAUGAAGACGCUGAUGAAAAUAUGGCACGUAAUGCUGUAAGAGCAUUGCAACAAGAAAGAGAGCGAAAUGAUACAGCCAUUAGUAUACUUCAUGAAUUUGUUGAUUUUUUUAACCCAACUGUUAAAAUUCCAACUCGCAGAACAAUAAGUACUAAAAUUCUUGUUAAGUAUGCAGAAAAAUUAGAACAAACUAAAGUCUCUACUCUUUCUGAGUUACAAGAACCAGUUACAAUCAUGUUUGAUGGUUGGAAAAAUGUGCAUUGCCAGGAAAUUUUGGGAGCCAUUAUUCUUUCUACAACAAAUCAGCUAUACAUAUGGGAUGCUGAAGAUAUUAGCAAUCAAAGUCAAAAAACUCUCGAUGUAUUAAAUACAAUUCAUACCUUUUUUGAACAUGCUAGUAACCAGAAUCUUAAUAUAGUGGUCAUGAUUACUGAUAGUACAUCAGCAUAUGCUUCACCCAUAAAGGAUGCUAUUGAAAUUGUAUCAUAUUUUACAGAUCAACGACAUUCAAAGACAAUAUUAUUUAUUCAUGAUGAACAACAAAGGAUUUAUAAAACUAUAUACAGCUUUGUACUUCCAUCUUAUUCGAUCCUACAUCAAUACUCUUUCAAGCCAUCAGAUAAAUUCAAAACUGCUAUUAACAAUCCUCAAUUUUGGACAUACCUUGAUGAAUUACGUGAUGCAGCCAACUUUUUCAAUGUUACAUAUGAAUUUGGAUAUAUAGUACAACAAUAUGAAGAUGAAACUAAUGAAUUUAGUUUUAUGAUGAUGCAAAAACUUGAAAAAAGAUGGGCUGAUUGGGAACAACUUCUUCUUUUGCUAGUAGUUAUAUUUCACCCACAAUAUCAUCUUCAAGCUCUAUCUAAUACUAAUUUUUUCUCUCUUGAAAGAAUAACACAGUGGAUUGAAUAUUAUUAUGAAGUAUGGUUUAAUAUAAAACCAAAACAUGUCGCAUUAGAACUAACUGAAUAUUACAUGAAACGUGGUAUAUUUAGUGAUAAAAGAUUUAAAAAUACUCUUGAAGCCAUCUCUAAAGAAAAUAUGACAAUUAAUAAUGCAACUGGGUUCGUGUUAUUGCGAUACUGGGAGUUUGCAGCAAUCGAUCAAAAAGAAAUUGGUAAAAUUGCACUUCAUUUGUUUAGUAUUAAAGUUAAUUCUGCACCCUGUGAACACCUUUUUUCCAGAAUGGAAUGGUUUCAAAAUCAAAGAUGCAGCCACCCCAAGCUACCAACGAUCUUUAGAAUGACCCAAAUUACAGCUGAGAUGGCUUGGGAAGAACAUUUAAACAAUACUAAAAAAGUUCGCCAAAGUGUUGCUGCAAAUCAUAUUACUCAUUCAACCAAUAGUGAAACAAAUGAUCCAAGUACACUUAAUCCAAUAGUUGUUGAGAAUGAAAUGCCUAGUAAUGAUAAUUAUGAUAGUAAUGAUGUUUGUGAUGAUUAUAAUAGUGAUGAUAAUGCCAAUGAUGAAUAUGAAAUAUUAAGUGAUGAAACUAUUACUAGAGAAUGGGUUAAUGAAGAAAGUGAGAAACUUGAAGAAUUAAAUACGGUCUCUUCUGAUAUGCAUAAAUAUCAUCCAGCUAAGCACAAAGAUUCAAAGAUUGAACUUCAAUACCUCUUUACAUGUACUUUAUCAUAA